CAUACUCGCUUAGACCGCUGUUAAAACAGCUGAUUGGAAAGCACUUGCAACUAAACCAAAGUGAAAGCGCAUUUAUUGAAUAUUUAUAUAAAUAAUACAUUCCACGUAAUAUUAGAACAUGGCCAGCAGUACACCACUUAUUAUGAGAAUUAUGGCACUGUCCAUAAACACAGCGAGACGAGCUGGUGUCAUCAUUCGCGAUGUUCUGAAGCAGGGCGACUUGGGAAUUGUGGACAAGGGCCAAAAUGAUCCACAAACAGAAGCAGAUCGGUCUGCCGAAAGAUGCAUCAUUGCGUCGCUGUCAAAGAAAUUUCCCAGCAUUAAAAUCAUUGGCGAAGAGGGCGGCACGGAUUUGAAUGUAUGUGAGGAUUGGUUGGUUAAUGAACUAAAUGAAUCUUUUCUGGAGCACAGUUGUCCAGCCGCUUGGCAGGAUGCACAGCCCGAGGACUUUGUCAUUUGGGUGGAUCCAUUAGACGGCACAGCCGAGUAUACACAGGGCUUUGUGGAUCACGUUACGGUGCUCAUUGGCAUUGCCAUCAAGAACUCCGCUGUAGGUGGCAUUAUUCAUCAACCAUUUUACCAGCAAGCCAGUGGAGAACUAGGUCGCACAAUUUGGGGUCUUAAAGGUCUUGGCACUGGAGGAUUCACACCUGUAGAUCCGCCAAAGGAUGAAUUUAUAAUAACAACCACACGUUCGCAUUCUAAUGCACUGCAUCAGAAAGCAGUCGAUGUCUUCAAUGCCAGCAAAGUGAUUAAAGUUGGAGGCGCUGGCUACAAAGUGUUGCAACUGCUGGAGGGGAAGGCGCAUGCUUAUGUCUUUGCCACGCCUGGUUGCAAGAAGUGGGACACGUGCGCACCUGAGGCUGUGCUGGAGGCCAAUGGUGGCACUCUCACCAACAUCAAUGGCGACCACUAUGAAUACCAUGCGAAUGUGGAGCAUGUGAAUCGCAGAGGCGUCUUGGCCAGCGUGGGAAGCAACCACAAGGAGCUGGUCGUGAAGAUUCCCCUCGAGGUGCGUCAGACAGUUGGCAACAAGCUGUGAAUCCUUUCAAACAGCCACACGAAAUAGCAGUUUAAUUUGAAAAAAUCACAAUAAAACGGAGGUUAUACAGUUUAAUGAAUCGAAUUUGUCAAUAAUCGUAUUUAUUAAAAUUUAAAAAAGUAUAAAAUAUAUAAAAUAAUUGUGA